AUGUCAUCAGUUAUUCGAGAUACCGUGUCCAGCGCGCUGGAUCAAUACAUAAAGGAUGCUAGGAGUCGAAGUCACGGGGAAGACCAGCGCAAGCGUGCCGCACGGCAGGUCCGCGAGCUGGUGCAUAUUGCCAAGCAGGAGAUGAGCGCCGAACAAUUCCAGCGCUUCUUUGAUACGGUGCACCAAAAGACGAUGGCCUUAAUUCAGAGUACAGACACCUACGAUAAGAUGGGAGGUGUCUAUAUUCUCGAUGCGCUGGUGGAUUUCGACGGCAUAGAGCCUGCCUUGAAACUCAGUCGCUUUCAGCAGUACAUCGGCACUAUUCUCCGAGGAAAGGACCUAAACCCUAUGCAGCCUGCAGCCGUCGUUCUUGGAAAGCUCUGCAAGCCGGGCGGCUCUCUCAUCUCGGAGCUGGUCGAUGCCGAGGUGCAGACGGCGCUUGAGUGGAUGCAAUCAGAUCGUGUCGAGGAGCGGCGGUACAGCGCUGUCUUGGUCCUCCGCGAACUGGCUAGGAAUUGCCCCACGCUCAUGUAUCCGUAUGUGGGCUUUGUGUUCGACCAUAUAUGGAUCGGCCUGCGCGAUCCACGUCACUUAAUCCGGGCGACGUCGAGCGAAACCGUCAGCGCGUGCUUCAAAAUCAUCCGGGAACGCGACCAGGAUCUAAAGCAAGAAUGGAUGGACAAGAUGUUUGCAGAGGCCAUCAAGGGGCUGAAGACCAACAGUGUCGAGUACAUCCAUGCGUCGCUGUUAGUUCUCAAGGAGCUCUUAGAACAAGGCGGCAUGUACAUGCAGAGUCACUACCAGGAGGCCUGUGACAUCGUCUACCGCCACAAGGAUGCCCGGGAUCCAGCCAUUCGUAAGACGGUGGUCUUUCUCAUCCCUGAUCUGGCAAACUACGCCCCCUCGGAGUUUAGCGCUACUUACCUUCAUAAGUUCAUGGUCUAUCUGACCAACAUGCUGAAGAAGGAAAAGGAGCGCAAUGACGCCUUCCUCGCCAUUGGCAACAUUGCCAACUCGGUCAAGAGCUCCAUCACCCCCUAUCUCGACAGCAUUUUGGUCCAUGUCCGCGAGGGGCUCAGUGUGCAGUCUCGAAAACGGGGCUCUGUCGACCCCGUCUUCGAUUGCAUCAGCCGGCUAGCUGUAGCUGUUGGCCAGACCCUAAGCAAAUAUAUGGAGGCACUCCUGGAUCCUAUCUUCGCCUGUGAGCUCACACCGAAGCUCACCCAGGCCCUUGUCGAUAUGGCUUUUUACAUCCCCCCGGUCAAAGGCAUCAUUCAAGAGCGGCUCUUGAACAUGCUGAGCAAAGUUCUCUGCGGGGAACCCUUUCGGCCGCUGGGGGCACCUUACUCAACUCCGAUUCCUUCUAUACCACCCAUCCCCAAGGACCCCAAGGACCCCUCGGUUCAUGAGCGUGGUAAAGCUGAAGUGAAGCUUGCUUUGAACACGCUGGGAAGCUUCGACUUUUCCGGCCACAUCUUGAACGAGUUUGUGCGUGAUGUUGCUAUCAAAUAUGUCGAAGAUGAUGACCCAGAAGUUCGGGAAGCUGCAGCACUUACCUGCUGCCAGCUCUAUAUCCGCGAUCCCAUCGUGAAUCAGACCAGCUAUCACGCAUUACAAGUCGUUGCCGAGGUUGUCGACAAACUCUUGACUGUGGGCAUCUCCGACCCGGAGCCAAAGAUUCGUCAAACUGUCCUGACCGCUCUCGACGAGAGAUUUGAUCAGCAUCUCGCCAAGGCUGAGAACAUCCGGACGCUCUUCUUCGCCCUUCACGACGAACAGUUUGCUGUGAGAGAAGCUGCUGUCACAAUCAUUGGCCGGCUAACCCGCCAUAAUCCUGCCUAUGUCAUCCCGCAUCUGAGAAAAACCGUCAUUCAGAUGUUGACCGAGCUCGAGUACACAGAUGUACCGCGGAGCAAAGAGGAAAGCGCAAGACUCCUUAGUCUGCUGACUCAGCAUGCCCAAGAUCUAAUUAAGCCAUACGUCAGCUCUAUCACCGAAGUUCUCUUGCCAAAGGCAUCUGAUCCAACCCCAUCCGUUGCGGCAACCAUUCUACAGGCGAUUGGAGAACUGUGUGCCGUCGGAGGAGCGGAGAUGCUGGCGUACAAGGAUACUCUCAUGCCGAUCAUCAUUGAUGCUUUACAGGAUCAGAGUGCUCCUAUCAAGCGUGAGGCUGCCCUCCACACUUUGGGCCAACUAGCUAGCAAUGCUGGCUAUGUCAUUAAGCCGUACCUUGAAUAUCCCCAACUUCUUGAGAUUCUCCAGUCUAUCAUUAGGGGCGAGCCUCAGCAUGGUCCGCUUCGCCAGGAGACUAUAAAGCUUUUGGGUAUCCUCGGCGCCCUUGAUCCCUAUAAAUACCAGCAGGUUGAAGAGAGAGCGCCACAGACCCAGCGCCGACCUGAAGCCACCCAGCAAACAGACGUGUCCUUGAUGAUGUCUGGCCUGACCCCGUCACAGGAGGAUUACUAUCCCACAGUCGUCAUCAACGCCCUCCUGCAUAUCCUCCAGGAUCAGUCUUUGGUGCAGUGGCAUGGUAACGUCGUGGACGCCAUUAUGAGCAUUUUUAUCACACUUGGGCUCAAGUGUGUCCAGUUUCUUGACCGAGUUGUUCCGGCCUUUAUCGGCGUCAUCCGGGCGUCCAGUCCGUCACGACUCGAGUUCUAUUUCAAUCAUUUGAGUAGGCUUGUCACGAUUGUCCGCCAACACAUCCGUGUCUAUCUCCCAGAUAUCAUUGCACUGCUGCAGGAAUUCUGGAACACCAGUUCAUCCCUCCAAACAACCAUACUCAACCUGAUCGAAUCAAUUGCCCGAUCGCUGGAGGGCGAGUUCAAGAUUUACUUGGCAGGCUUGCUUCCUUUAAUGCUUGGAGUGCUCGAGAAGGAUGUGAGCACCAAGCGGCAGCCAACAGAGAAGAUCUUUCACGCGUUCUUGGUGUUUGGCUCCAGUGCGGAGGAGUAUAUGCACCUCAUCAUUCCCAUACUUGUUCGAUUGUUUGACAGCCCAGCUCAGCCUGCAUUCCUCCGAAAGUCGGCUAUUGAGACCAUUGGUAAACUUUCAAGCAUGGUGAAUCUCAACGAUUACGCGUCCAAGAUCAUUCACCCCUUGACUCGCAUUCUCGCAGGCCAGGAGCCUAGUCUUCGUGUGGCAGCGCUGGAUACCAUAUGUGCCCUCAUGCUGCAGCUAGGGAGGGAUUAUCUGCACUUCGAACACACGGUCGACAAAAUUAUUACCAUGUAUGGCAUCCAGCAUGCUAACUAUGACAAAGCCGUCGAGAAGCUCAAAAAGGGCGAGGCCUUGCCCCAGAACCUGGCCCCGCGGUUUGAGGACGACGUUAUUGAGCAGUACUCGCCCGAAAACAACCCUCCAAAGAAAUUGGAUCUCAACCCUAUGCAUCUGAAGCAAGCGUGGGACACCAAGGGCAAGUCUACUAAGGACGACUGGCAUGAGUGGUUCCGCAAGUUCAGCACAACUCUGCUCUCCGAGUCCCCCAACCAUUCAUUGCGGGCCUGCGCUAGUCUGGCGAGUAACUACCAACCCCUGGCAAGAGAGCUUUUCAAUUCGGCUUUUGUGUCGUGUUGGAAUGAACUGUACGAACAGCAUCAGGAGGACCUUAUCACCAACAUCGAGAACACUAUCAAAUCCGAAAAUGUACCUCCUGACCUCUUAGGUCAGCUUCUCAAUCUUGCAGAGUUCAUGGAACAUGAUGACAAAGCACUUCCUAUCGACAUUCGAGUCCUAGGUCGCGAAGCCGCUCGCUGUCAUGCAUAUGCCAAGGCACUCCACUACAAGGAGCUUGAGUUCUUGCAGGACCAUAACAGCCAUGCCGUUGAAGCUCUCAUUGUCAUCAACAACCAGCUGCAGCAGUCAGACGCAGCUAUUGGUAUCCUCCGCAAAGCCAAGGCCUACAAGGAUGGAAUUCAGCUUCGGGAAAGCUGGUUUGAGAAGCUGGAGCGGUGGGAUGAAGCACUUAAUUUCUACUGCCAACGCGAACGUGAGCUCCCGCAAGACCAGCCAACCCCAGUGGAUAUCGUUAUGGGCAAGAUGCGUUGCUAUCAUGCAUUGGGAGAAUGGGAAUCUUUGGCGUCCCUGGCUGGAAAGACGUGGGCAAACUCGAGCCCCGAGAUUCAGCGAAGAAUUGCCCCAUUGGCCACCACUGCUGCUUGGGGUCUUGGGAAAUGGGAUUCUAUGGACAUCUACCUGCAGUCCAUGAAGCGUUUCUCCCCUGACCGUGCCUUCUUUGGCGCAAUCCUUGCCUUGCACCGCAACCAAUUCCGCGAGGCGUUGACCUGCAUUGAGCAGGCUCGGGAAGGACUUGAUACGGAGCUCAGCGCUCUGGUCAGCGAGUCGUACAAUCGUGCCUACCAAGUCGUUGUUCGAGUCCAGAUGCUCGCCGAGCUGGAAGAGCUCAUCAUAUACAAGCAGAGUGGUCCCGAAAAGCGCGCUACACUGCGUGCGACCUGGGAAACGCGUCUGAAAGGCUGCCAGCGUAAUGUUGAGGUUUGGCAACGGAUCCUGCGAUUGAGGUCUCUCGUGCUCACUCCGCAAGAAAACAUGCACAUGUGGACAAAGUUUGCCAACUUGUGCCGCAAAUCUGGACGCAUGGGUCUUGCUGAAAAGUCGUUGAAGCAGCUCAUUGAGACAGAUGGGCCAUUAGAAUCGGUCAUCCCUUAUUGGCAUGACCGGCCAACGACUCCCGCCACCGAGAGAAUUGCGUUGCCGAUUGUCUAUGCAAUACUCAAAUAUCAGUGGGCGGUCGGCCAGCAGCCUGGCGUCCGGACCUCUGACCGAGGGAUCGCAGAGCGGACUUUGUAUUGCUUGCGUAGGUUUACCGAGGAGACAGCACAGCGCCUCGAGGCGGCUAGGUUACAAAUCUUCGCCUCUCAGCAGGCUGCCAAUGGUGGUGUUAUGGAUGGGCUCGGUGCUUCCCGGUUUGCUGUGGACAUCGAUGAUCCGGCCCUCCUGAACCCUGAAGCACAACGUCAGUGGGUAGAACAGACUGUGCUACUUGCCAAAUGCUACCUCCGACAGGGUGAUUGGAUCAUCGCCCUCAACAAGAACGAUUGGCAGCUCACGCGGCGCGCUGAUAUCCUCGAUUGCUAUCGUAAUGCCACUCGGUAUAAUUCGCGGUGGUAUAAGGCCUGGCAUGCAUGGGCUCUGGCCAAUUUUGAAGUUGUCCAGGCGCUUGCACCCCGGAAGGAGUCGAUAGGCUUGUCGGAACACAGCAUUGUCACCGACUACGUCGUUCCCGCAGUGCGGGGCUUUUUCGAAUCCAUUGCUCUGUCAUCCGGGAGCUCCCUGCAGGACACCCUCCGUCUGCUUUCGCUGUGGCUCACAUAUGGCGGCUACCAAGAAGUCAUCAAUGCCGUCACGGAGGGCAUCAGUCACGUCAGCGUCGACACCUGGCUUGAAGUCAUACCUCAGCUGAUCGCCCGGAUCAACCAACCCAACAAGAGGGUGCAGCAGUCGAUUCACUCGCUGCUGUCUGACGUCGGGCGCGCGCAUCCACAAGCCCUUGUCUACCCGCUGACAGUGGCGUCCAAGUCGCGGCAGAGCACGCGACGGUCUAAGACAGCCCUGGCAAUCAUGGAAAGCAUGCGCGCGCACAGCCCGAGGCUUGUCGAGCAGGCCGAGAUCGUCAGUCGCGAGCUUAUCAGGGUCGCUGUUCUUUGGCACGAACUCUGGCAUGAAGCUCUUGAGGAGGCAUCGCGGUUGUACUUUGGUGACAAGAACAUCCAGGGCAUGUUUGACGUCUUGGAGCCCCUGCACGAACUGCUUGAGAAAGGGCCCAAGACACUUAGAGAAAUAUCGUUCGCACAAGCCUUCGGCAGGGACUUGGCGGACGCGCGAGAAUGGUGCAGGAACUACCGGCAGACUGGCGAUUUGGCUGACAUCGGCCAAGCCUGGGACCUGUACUACGCUGUUUUCCGCCGCAUCAGUCGGCAGCUCCCUCAGAUGACGUCUCUCGAGCUGACCUACUGCUCACCCGAUCUCUUGGCAGCCAGGGACCUAGAGCUCGCCGUGCCCGGUACCUAUCGCAGCGGCCAGCCGAUCGUCAGGAUCAUGGCCUUCGAGGGCACAUUCAGCGUUAUCAGCUCGAAGCAACGCCCAAGGAAGCUCGACAUCCUCGGCAGCGACGGCAAAACAUACACCUUCCUGCUCAAGGGCCACGAGGAUAUCCGUCAAGACGAACGCGUCAUGCAGCUCUUCGGUUUGUGCAAUACUCUUCUGGCUAAUGACUCGGAAUGCUAUAAGCGCCAUCUCAAUAUCCAGCGAUACCCGGCUAUUCCGUUGUCUCAGAAUUCUGGUCUACUUGGUUGGGUGCCCAACAGUGAUACUAUUCAUCAGCUCAUCAGGGAAUAUAGAGAGUCCAGGAAGAUUCUUCUCAACAUCGAGCACCGGAUCAUGCUUCAAAUGGCACCCGAUUAUGACAAUCUCACCUUGAUGCAGAAAGUCGAGGUGUUCGGCUAUGCCCUCGACAAUACCACCGGCCAAGAUUUGUAUCGCGUGCUUUGGCUCAAGAGCAAGAGUUCCGAGGCCUGGCUGGACCGGAGGACCAACUACACGCGCUCUCUUGGUGUCAUGUCUAUGGUGGGAUACAUCCUGGGUCUGGGAGACAGACAUCCUAGCAACCUGAUGCUCGACCGGAUCACAGGCAAGAUCAUCCACAUCGACUUUGGCGAUUGCUUCGAAGUUGCCAUGAAACGAGAGAAAUACCCUGAACGGGUGCCGUUCAGACUGACUCGCAUGCUCACAUAUGCCAUGGAAGUUAGCAACAUUGAGGGCAGCUUCCGGACAACCUGUGAGCACGUGAUGAGGGUCUUGCGGGAUAACAAAGAGAGCGUGAUGGCUGUUCUCGAAGCUUUCAUCCAUGAUCCACUGCUCACGUGGCGCUUGACCAAUCCUGCCAGCCCCCCUGGCCCUCGCUUUGGCUCCGAACGAGAGCAAGCACUUGCUGGACCCCAAGGAGCACGCACCCGCCGCCCAUCUAUUUUAGAUGGUCCCAUUGCUCCAACAGAAUAUCUGGCACAGACCGGUGGAGUUGAGAGCAUGAUGGGCGGCCCAGGCGCCCGUGCUCGGGCACGGACAAACUCUUCUGUGGCGCCUUCAAGCAGCAUGUCCAAUACCAAUGGAGCUCAUGAGAUGCCCGAGGUACAGAAUGCUAGGGCUAUCGAAGUCCUGGAUCGUGUUGCUCAAAAGCUCACUGGACGUGACUUCAAACCACACGAAGAACUCAAUGUUCCGGAUCAAGUGAAUAAGCUUAUUAUUGAGGCAACUAAGCUCGAAAAUCUCUGCCAACAUUAUAUUGGUUGGUGCAGCUUCUGGUGA